AUAGCACAAAACCAGGGAAGGAAAACUGGAAGACAUCAGGAAAGAAGAGAAAACUUCUUAGAACAUGGGCAACUAAAUCUAGAAGAGGAAAAAGAAAACAGUUGUGAGAGACGAUCUCAAAGAGAACAAGGAAGACCAUAUAGAGGAAUACAAGGAGGAUCUGGAGACAAUGUUUGGGAAAGAAAAGAGGCAGUUACAGAGGAGGUAGAAGAAUGGUGGUGGAAUUAUAGAGAAUUUGGAAAAGGAAAAAGAAAGCAAAAGGAUAUAGAAGAGGAGAAAGAAAAACAAGAAAGAAAAGAUGGGAGAGGAGAGGGACAAUGUGGAGUAGAAAAAGGGGGAGAAAAUAGAGAAAGAAAAGCUGGGAAACUAAAUUUUAAAGAUAAAAAGGAGGAAAGACAUGUUAGAGAAGAAGACAGAGAAAAUGAUCAGGACCAGCAUUGGAAUAAAAAAGAUAGAGGAGAAAAAGGGGAAAAUGAAUGUGAACACAAAAAAAAUAGAAAACUGAAAAGAGAAAAUUAUAAGCACAUAAACAUUGCAGGGAAAGAAAAGAGAAGAUAUUUGAAUGAAGAAAUAAUAAAAUGGGAAAGAGAAUGUCUCCCAACAGAAGGUCAAGAGCAAUAUGAUCAGAGAGGACAAGACGGAGUUCAACGAUCAAAAGAAGUAAUUGUAGGAAAGGAACACUCAAAAAGGUUGGAUGAAGACAAAUGGCGAUUAGAAAGGAAAAACAGGAAAAUAAGGUAUGAAAGGAUCCAUGAACAAGAGAAAAAAGAAACAAAAAGUUGGAAAAGAGAAGUAUGGGGAAGCAACUAUGGAAAAGAAUGGGGAAUUGAAGAUGGAGAACUGGUGGAUGACAGCUUGGAAAUAAGAUAUAGUGAAAGAUGGAGUAGUGAUCCCAGUGAAAAAUUAUGGCAAAGAGGAUAUCAGAAAGACCAGGACAAUAAAAUAAGGAGAAAAUGGGGUGAGUUACCCAGCGAAAGAGAUUAUAAUGAACAGGAAAGAAAAAAUGGACAAGAAUUAAAUGAAAAAGCAUACAGACAUAAAGAUCCAGAUGAAGAAAAGGUCAAAAAGAAAUAUUCAAGCAGAGAGGGAAAAGUAAUACCAGAUGAAUGGGAAAGAAAAUACAGAAAAGAAAAAAAAGUAGAACACAAUGACAAAAGUAACAGAGAAAAGAUAGAGGAACAAAAAUGGAAUAAAGAACCCCUGAAACUGAAAAGAAUCCCAUUAAAAUAUCUAGAUAAUUGGAACAUAACAAAUCAAGAAGAGCUGGAAGAUACAGGCAGAGGAAGAGGGGAAGGACAAAGGAUAAAGAUGGAGGCUAGAAGAGAGGACCAUGAGGAAGAGAAAUAUGAUGAAGUCAAAACAUUAGCUAUGGAGAAAGAAUGUGAGAAAAGCCUCCAGGAGGUAAACAGGGGAACAUUUCAGAGAAUAGAGUGCAAGGGAAAUACUACAGUGGAUCAGGGAGGAAAUAAGCAAAAACAAAAACAAAAGAAAGACAAAGGAAGAUACAGAGAAGUAGGGAAAAUAAAAUAUGAAAAGAUGUGGGAAACUGAAGAUCAAGAAGGAUUGGACAAAGAAGGAAUAAGAUGCGAAAAACAUCAGAAAAGGGAUCAUGGGUAUGAACCAAGUGAGGAAAACUGUGAGAAUGAACAUGAAGCUGAAAGAAAUAAAGAUGAAGGAUGGGGAAGGGACUCUAGAAAAGAUUCAAGAGAAGAGGAAAAUCAAGCUCAAGAAAUACAAACUACUUGGGAGCUAAAAGAAAAAGAGCAUGGAAGAGGAAUCAGUGGAAUCUUAAAAGGUCAAUGGAAAGCAACUUCAGAAGAGAUAUAUGGAAAUGAUCAAGAGUUGCAUAGUGAGGAGCAGGACUUAAGAUAUCAAGGAAAAGGAAAGAGAAAACAGAAUAGACAAAAAUGGGAAGCAGAAUAUGGAAAAGUUAAAAGAGAAAUUGGGAUUAAGCAUUGUGAAGGAAGACAGGAAGAAAGACCCAAAAAAGAGGGUCAAGAAAUAAUAUUUGGAAGGUGCAAGGAAAGAGAAAAUGAAGGCAGCUUAGAAGGAAAUAUUAGAUUGGAAAAAGAAGAUAGAGAAGCUCUAAGUGUGGAUAAGGCAAUGAAUGACACAAGAGAUGCAGAAGGAUCUCAUUGGGAAAGAGAAUGGGGAAAAGGAAAUGAAAGGACAUGUGCCAAAAAAGAAUCAGUAGGGAAAAGUUGGGAAAAAUUAUACAGGGAACUAGAAGGAGAAAUCUGGUUAAGCGAGUAUGAAGAAAGCCUAAAAUAUUUAGGGGGAGACCAAGAAGAAAUGAAAGAAAAAGAAGGUGAUUUAGAACAGAAAGGCACUAUAGAGAAAAAAGGGGAAAGUUUAUUGAAUACAAAAUAUAGGAAAGAAGAAAAAAUAGGUAAGAGAGGGAAAGAAACAUAUAAAGAAGUGGAAGAAGAUUAUCAAAAGAAUGAUGAUGGGGAGAAAAUGGAAAUCAGUGCAAGUCCAGAAAAAAUUAUCUGGGGAAAUGAAGUCCAAAGGCAACUGGAAAGACAGAAAAGUCUGGAAACUUCUGAGGAAGAACAGAAAUAUCAGGAAAGAGAAGAUGAAACUGCCCAAAGACUAGAACAAGACAACAGUGAAAGAGUGGAAGCACAGGAGUGGGAAGGAGACUGCUGGCAAGAAGGCUCCGGAGAUAGAUUGGAGAAAUGGCCAGAAGACACUGGGGAAAGACAAAAAGGAAAACCGCAAGAGGCUGGAGAAACACAGGGAGCAGAAGAGAAAGUACUCAAUGAGGAAGCCUGGGAAGAAGAAUACAGGCAGGAAAAACUCACCAUACAGCGUCAGGAACUAUUAAUCAGAAGUGGAAAAGAUCGGCAAGAAGAUGUCAGCCUGAGUGAAGAGGAGUUUGUUGUCUGGGGAAGUGAGAACAAGGAGGAAUCUCUUUCAGCUUCACAUUCAUGUCAGUUGGCCAAUGCCAUAGAGGAGCCACUCUCUGCAGUUGUGGCAGGCCCAGAGAAUGGUCUGAACAAUGAAGGUGCCCAGGGGGAAGCAAGCCAGCAAUGGAUGAGAUUAUCAAGGUCGAGGAAAGACAAUCUGCCUUGGGAACUCCAGGACUCAGUAUGCAUGGCCGCUUGGGCCCCCUUGGAUCUGCCCUCCUUGGUGGCCGAUUGCCACCUCGUGCCCAGACAAGAGCUCUUCUGGAAGGUGCUCCUGAUCCUGCCGGGCUACGACACCUGCUUUGCCUACAGCCCGACGAGAGUGUUAAUGGAUUGGUUAAGAACCAAAUUCAUGGGAGCCAAAGUCCCACCACGGAAUGGAGCGAACUGGUCUAAUGACAGAGUGGAGACCUUGUGCACCCUGAAAUCCCAAAGGCAAAAGUGGAAUCUGACUGUGGAUAUUAACAUCUGCAUCAAGGCUUUGCAUGGAGUCUGUACCAAGGAACAGCUUCAGAAGGCUCAGACCCAGGGCAGCCUCUUUGCCCUCAACGGCCUGAUCUUCCUCUUGCCAACGAGGAGGAGAGGGGUUUGCCAAGACAGUUACUGGCAUUUGGCCCGCCUGCGAUUGUCCCAGCUGCUGAAGGCUAAGCCAGCCCAGCCCUUGGUGCCCCUGGUGAUCCUGGUCCCUGCUGACAUUGAGACCCUUGGAGAAGAGGAAGCCAAGGCAGGUCUGAGGCUGAGAGACUUGAUUACCAGCCAUCUCAUUUCCUACUUCACCAUCCUCAGGAUCCCGUGCUACAUUCAAGACUUGGAAGGGUCCAACCAGGUACAGGAGGCCGUAAGAUGGCUGGUCUGCUAUUCCUCUCCGGCUGCUGAGCUCUGCUGUGAAACCUUCACUCAUUUCAUGGAGAAGGGCAUCAACUGUGAAUUUGGAGAGCGGCUUUCCAGGGACCAGAAGGACAGGCAGCUAGCCGGCUUGCCUUCCCAGGAACCGGAGAUAAUUUUGGAACUGUACAACAGCGUGAUUGAGUUUCUUGCAGGGGUCGUGUCUGCCAAGCAGCUCUGUAGCCCCUCGGGGCUGGCUCCCGAGUUUUUCCGCUUAAAUAACCAAAAAUGCCUCCAACCCCAGGGGAGCAUGCCGGAAUAUCUGGAGUGGCUAAGGAGUAUCACUUUGUCCCUCCAGCUCCCCCCAGUCGUCUUGCCUCAGAAGACCAGUUGGCAGUGCACGUGCUCCUCCAUCCUCAAGUAUGUCCAUCACCUCUUCGGAUCUCAUCCCAGCUACCCCCUGCUCCAUUGCCAGGUGGAGCACCUGCUGAGCCAAGCCUACUGUCACUGGUGGACCAGAGACUUUGGAGAGCAGCAGGAGCCUUCUGGAAUGGAGGUGCCCUGGGAUGUCAUCAUUUGUCUCUGUAUCCAGCAACUACUCCAGACCUGGAGUCCUCCCAGGCAGCCGGGAACACCAGAAGCUGAGGAACACCAGGGGAGAGAGAUCCAGGUCUGCUAUUUCAAGGACAGUCUGAGGGAGUAUUGCCUCCCGGACUCCUGGGAAAAUACGAGGCUGAAGACCAGGAGAGAGAUGCUGCAGCACGAGAAAGAGCAGGCUUUGUAAGACUCUAAAUGGAAUGAUGCAAUGAAGUGUGUCUUCCUCAUCACCAGCCUUUAAGAUGGGAGAAUCCACAAAUAAACUCUAUUUUAAACCACUAGUAAAAGAA